AUGGCUGCAGACAGAGCCAAGGAGAUCCCUGAAAAUGGAGCCAAGAAGAAGAGGAAAAAGUGGUACAAGAGAGUCAUGAACACAAUAAUCCCGACAGCGUGUCGCAUGCGGAGUUCUGACCUUCCGGAGGAUAUAGAGAUAACAGCUGAAGACAUUCAAAAGCUGAUAGAGGACCAGCAAUACCAGAACGCCAGCCAAAGGUUGAUCAAGUUGGAACACAAAAUUUUCAGUAAAUCGGAAGAGCCAACAUCGGAAGAGAAGAAGGAGCUGGGCUCUCUAUAUGAGAAACUGAAGGCUGCAGUAUUUCAAGUCAUAAAAGAGUCCCUCACCAGCACGGACGAGGAAUCGCUGCAGCAGGCUGUUCAGGCUAUAGUAGAGCAAGAAACAGAAGAUUCACAGCUUAAACCAGACUUGAACAAUAGCAACAGGUCACGGCCGGGGAGGUGGAUGGAGGCGUGGAAGGAGUGCGUCAAGCAGAAUGUGGAGGAGCGGCUCAAAAACCUACCCCAGAAGAAGAGACCAAAGGAGUCUUCUUCCUUCAUCUCCGUGAUAACUGAUCUAGCACUGGUGUACAAGACGGACCUCAUCCACGUGGUGAAAGAUCUCAAGAAGUGCUACCCAGAGCAAUUUGAUGUCUGCAACACCUAUGCCCAGCAUUAUCACCAGAUCAUGAAGAUGCAGAUAGAACAAAUCACACAGUUUGAGAUGUUAGACAAGGACAACUACAUACUUCUGUGCUGGGUGCAAAACCUGUAUCCAAAAUACAAAAACCAGUUUGCAGAAUAUGUAGAGAAAAACAGGAACCAAAUCUUCUACAGAGCAACAUGUAUCACGCACCUAAACUGCUGCCUGUUCUUCAGACAAUUUAUAAAAGGCAAAGAAUCAAAGUUAAGUGUGAAAGAGCGUCUUGACAUGUUGUCACUGCUUCUACAGCUGGAAGAUACCAUUCACAAUGCUCUGCUUCGAGAUCUUUUUGCGGACCUAAAGGCUAUGUUUAAAAAGAUGUCCCAGGGAUCCUCUCCGUUCAGCUACUCGACUAUGCAAACUAUCAUUAGUGCAUCGGAGGAUUUCUUCUUGAUCCUAUACAUUUUCUCGACUGUGUCCCUUCCAGUAUUCUCUGGGAAAAUCCAUCUGUACCUGGUCAAAGAGCACCUGUCACGAAUCCUGAAGAGGAAAGCCAGCAAUAAAACCAUAAAGCAGAUGCAGACUUUGUCUAACCAGAUCCGGGAGAACGCAGAUCUCAUCAAUGCAUUCUCAGUUUCUUAUCGCUCAUGUGAAGAUUGGCUGAAACCUGCAUUACCAAAUCUUGCAGAAAUAAUUGAACUUCAGGAUCUAAAUGCAAUUCAGCUGCAAGUAGCCAAAUUUGUUGAACUCUAUCCAGAUAUUCGGAACAAGCAAAUUGAAGCAAUUCUGUACAUGAAGGGGAACCUCAGCAGAAGCGAAGUCAAGGUAGUCCUGAAGGCGGUGGACUCCUUGGAACGUAAAAUUAACGAAAAACACAAACUUUUCGUGUUAAUUUAA